AGCUCUUUUGUGUUGGAUGUAAGCUAAUGUGGGACCAGUCCCACAGGCACAGCUGCGGUGUGGGAAGGGAGGGGGUGGGGACAGUUGGAAUUGACACUGCCUUCUAAAAGCAUCUCUUCAAGGUCUUUCAGUGGGCUGAAGGGACAUGUGUCUGAGGCUCUGUACCUUUUUAGUUCCCUAUAUCUUGGUUUCCUGUUUUCAGGGUCAAUAGAGAUGCGGAAUUUACCAAGAUCCUCUUUGCCUGGCUACCUCAUUUCCUUCUUCUUCCUCUUCCUUCUCCAACUUCCUUCCACCUACUCAGGACAAUUCAGAGUAAUAGGACAAGAUCACCCAACCCAGGCCUUUGUAGGGGGUUUGAUUGAGUUGUCAUGCCACCUUUCACCUGCUAAGAAUGCAACAGGAAUGGAGAUCGGCUGGUAUCGGUCUCCCUUUUCUCGAGUGGUUCACCUCUAUCGAAAUGGAAAGGAUCAAGAUGCGGAGCAGGCACCUGAAUACCGGGACCGAACAAAACUGGUAAAGGAUGCCAUAGGAGAAGGGAAGGUGACCCUAAGGAUCAAGCAUGUGAGAUUCUCCGAUGAGGGAGGUUAUACCUGCUUCUUCCGAGAUCACUCAUACCAAGAAGAGGCAGCAAUGCAGCUAAAGGUGGAAGAUCCAUUUUAUUGGCUUAACCAUGGAAUACUGGUUCUGAUUGCUGUCCUGCCUAUUCUCAUCCUGCAAAUCACCAUUGGUCUUGGUUUUCUCUACAUGCAACACAGACUAAGAGGCAAACUCCAAGCAGAGAUUGAGAAUCUUCAUAGAACUUUUGAUCCCUAUUUCCUGAGAGUACCCUGCUGGAAGAUAGCACUUUUUGUGAUUGUGCCAGUUCUGGGGCCCCUCGCUGCCAUGAUCAUCUGUUACAAUUGGCUGCAUCGAAGAUUGGCAGGACAAUUCCUCGAAGAGCUAAAAUACCCCUUUUGAGUGAUAUUGGCCUCCCCUUGAAGCAACAGUGAAGAGGUGGACCAGCUUGAUCCUUCACUGGAGGGCACUGGAGGCUAGCCUACGAGAGAGGUGCACCCUCCAGCACUUUUCUCCCUCAGGAUUCCUCACCCACUUGCCAAGAAGAGAAGACAUUCAAAUUGGCACUUAAACGAUCCUUUCUGGACCUCAGGUCCAAGAUAGGAAGAAUUCUUUCUUCUUUCUAGUCUCUUUUUUUUCUUCUAAUGCCUCUCCUUUUGCUCAAUCUCUCUCUUCCUUGUUUCUUUCUACAGUUUCCUUUUUCUUUCCAUUUCCAUUCCCUUUGUUUUCUUUGCCUUUCUUCAUUUACCAUCCUUUCUCUAUCUGGAUAUCAAAUGUAAAUUAAGGGCCCAAUGAAAUGCAAAUGAAUAUUGAUUUCCUUCUGCAAAGAGCUAGGGCCUGAGUGUAAUGGAGGCAAAAGGAAGAGACCUCAUAGACCUAAGAGAUGAGGGAGCAGCUGGGCCCUGAAGAGUACAUAUGGGAGAGUCUCCUGUAGGAACUGGGAGGCCAUAUACAUGUGGAGUUGACCCAAGAUUCCUAGGCUUUAAGUUUCUGUGACAAUAGCAGACUAAUAAGAAUCAGAGUGCUUAGGGAAUAAAAGUGGUGGAAUUCUCAGUUUCUCUUCUAUACCUCCUCUUUCUAUAUGUAUCCAAUACUCUGUCUAGUCUUCUUUCUCCCUACAUCCUCAUCUUUCAUCCUUAUUUCUGUCAAUCUCUCAUUUAUUCAACCACUAUUUAUUGAAUGACUACCAUAUGUAAAAGAACUGUGCUAGGUGCUGAUUAAUAAUAAUACUAUCCCCUUUCACUCACCCCAUUCCUUCUUCCUUUGUGUGACUCUCCCCUUUCCCCUUUUUCAUCCCAACACUGUCCCUUAUUAAAUCACAUAAGCCAUAAA